CCCACUCGACGACUCGAUGGACGACCUCGUCGACCGCAUCCUCGACCAGCGCAGCCGCCUCGAGCUCGCGAGGCUCCUCCUCACCCAGUCGGCCCACGCCCAGCCUCGACCAGUCGCCGCCCUCGUCUUCCUCGUCGACUUCGCCUCGGCGCUCGCCAACGACCCGCCUCCUCCCGCCGGCGCACCCUCGACCUCGCCUCGAGACGCCGCCACGCUCAACGAGACCGCUGUACCGAGCUCAGCAACGGCCAACAGCGCAGGGGACUCGCUCGAGGGCGCGAGCGCGAGCACGUCGAGGCCAGCCGCGGACGAGGCGGCAGGUGCGCCGUCCGUCUCUCGGCGUGGGUCGAGCGCGCAGCGCGACGGGCAGGCCUGGUGGGACGCGUGGAGGGAGUACCUUGGCGAGGUCUACGCGCGACCGCCGACCAACGACGAGCACCGCGACGCUGCGACGCCGCCAGAGCACCCUUCCCCUCUCUUGCUCCCGCCAGCCACCCUCGUCCACCUGCGCUCGGCCCUCGCACGCCCUACCUUCGACCCCGACACCCGCUCCUGCCUCCUCUCCGGCUGCGCAGGCUCCCUCCUCCGCUUCCUCUCGCCCAUCGCAGACCCGACCCACCCACGCCACGACGACGACAACGCCGACGCCGACGUCUGCCCCGCCCUCGACAUGCUCAUGACCCAAGUCCGCCCGUCGACCUUCCCGGCGCCGCUCCCCUCGUCGACCGUGUCGGCACUCGCCCUCUCGCUCGCGACAACGCGCACCGCACCGCCGAAGCAGCGCACCGAGGCCUCGAGGCGCACGCUCGCGACGCUCCUCGGGCACUACGUCUCGCGCGCCGCGUUCGGCGACAUCCUCGAGGCGGACGAGCGCGCGCCCUCGUCCUCGUCGUCGGACCGCGACCUCGUCCUCGGCGUGUUCCCGGACCCGCCACCGAGAGCGGCCGACGCCGCCGACGAGCCGCACAACGACGAGGACGAGGACGACGCCGACACGCGCAGCAUCGCUGCCGGGAUCCGCGACGCCCACGCGUCGAUCGUGCGCAAGGACGACAAGCUGCGCUGGCUCCUCGGCGACAACUUUCAGCCGGGCGCCAAGGCGUCGUCGUCGUCGUCGUCGCUGUCCACGAGGGGCGCGCCGCACCACCUGCACCUCGGCGGCGCCGGCGCCAAUGGCAAGGUCAAGGCGGCGCAGCAGGCGCGCGCCCGCGAGCUCUCGGGCGCCUCGACCGCCUCGUCGACGACGUCCGCUGCGCCUGGCGACGCCAUCGCCGCCGCCUCGAGCAAGCGGCACCAGCGCCUCACGUCGUCGACGUCGUCCACCGCGCCCCUCCUCCUCCACGACCCAGCCGACCCAACCUCGUCCUCGUCCCCAACCUCGUCCCCCUCACGCCCGUCCUUCUCUCCCAACGGCCGCACCUCGUUCCUCCACCGCCGCGUCCUGUCGGCCGGCAACGAGCGCAUCCAUGCCCCGCCGCCUGCUGCGCUCCUCUCGACCUCGCUCGAGGACGCCGCCGCCGCCGCCCCAGCGCACGAGCCCCGCCUCGCCGCGUCGCCUGCGCGCCCGUUCGCCGACCUCGCGCCGGCGGUGCCGCACGUGCGCGGCGCGAGCCCCGGCCCAGGUCCAGCGCUCGGCCCACCGUCGCCGACGUCGCCCCGGCGCGUCUCGCUCGACUCGGCGCUCGACGCGCACCGCGGCGGCGGCGGCGGCGGCGGCGGGGUGUUGCUGCACUGUGACAGCCUGAGCGCCGAGCAACGCCGGGCGCUCGUGCGGCGGAGCAAAAAGCUCGAGGGCUUCUUUGGCGCGCCGUUCCAGGAGAGCGCGGCGGCGAGGGUGCUCGUUGACCGGCGGCCGGGUGUGCAGGGAGGAGGAGGAGGGGCCGGCGAUGGGCUCGGGCGCGACGAGGUGUCGCCGACGAACGCGUCGUUCACGGUCGAGCGGCCGCUGCCGCUCGGCUCGUCCGCUCCCGCCGCCGCCACGGCUUCGUCCGGCGCCUCGACGAGCACGUCGUCGCGUCGUGCGUCGCUCGCGCCGCCGGGCCCAACGGCGGGCUACGCGUUCGGCUCGCCCACGUCGCGCUCGACCCGCCUCGACGCGCGCCGCCCGUCGGCCCUGUCCCUCUCCGCGUCGUCUCAAGGCUCCCUCACCAACCUCGCGCGCCACCCAUCCUCGACCUCGACGACCUCGCCCUCGCUCUCGCCGCGCUCACCGACCAACCCCGGCGGCCGCCCGUCGCUGCACCGCUCGUCGUCGUCGCCCUCGCGCGGCCGCCGCUCGAGCUCGUUCUCGUCCCUCGCCGACACGCGCCACACGUACUUUUCCGAGCGCGUCGCCGCCGACCGCGCGCGCGACGAGCGCGACGAGCGCCGCAGGAAACUCGACAAGGUGCGGCGCGUGCUCGGCGAGCGCGUGCCGCUCGCGCUCGUCGUGCCCGGCGACGACCCGACGGCGACGACGGCGACGGCGGCGGCGGCGGCGGCGGCGGGGGUUGCGCCGGCGAUGGGCCGCGACCGGUCUCGUGGCGGCGCGCUGCGCGACCGCAUCAUGCGCAGGCCGCACGGCGGGGCGGCGGGCUCGUCGACCGGCGCUGGUGGCGGUGGGCACGCGCCUGAGCCGCUCGCGGGCGGCGGCGACGCCGGGUGGCGGUACGUCGAGCCGCAGUGGGUCGAGGGGGCGCAGGGUGCGGGAGAGGAGGGCGGCGAGACGCUCAAGAAGGGGAGGCCGGGUCUCUUUGGCGACCUCCCUCCUCCCGCCCUCUUCCUCUCGCAGGCCUCACCCAGCCCAUCCUCCCCCGCCGCCGGCUUCGGCACCUCGCGCCCCUCGUUCCUCGCCACCCGUCAGCGCCGCUCCUACUCGGACCUGUCCGACCUCGUCUCGUCGCCGUUCGCGCCGGGCGCGACAGCCGGCUCGUGGCUCCCGCCGGCGGCCAACAACCCGGCGUCGACGCUGCAGCGCGAGCCGACGAGGAGCAGCACGGUCAACUCGUACCGCGCGAGCAUCGCGAGCCUGCAGUACGUCAUGGAGCGCGACCCGGGCGCGCUUGACGAGGUCGUCAGGGUGUACUCGGAGGAGGCUGGGAGCAGCGGCAGCAGGAGCGCGGCCGAGGAGGAGGUGGACGAGGAGGAGGAAGACGACGAGGACGGUGAGAAUGAGGGAGCGGCGCCGGGCAUGAGGCGCUCGGCGAGCACGUCGAGCCACCGUGCCGUGCGGCAGGCGCAGAAGCUGUGCGCGUUUUUCGGCACCACCCGCGGCGAGGUGUGGCGCCUCCUCCUCAACGACAUCGAGGCGUCGGUCCUCGACGACGGCUCGCUCGAGGACGACGAGCGCGCAGAGGUCCUCGCCGGCCUCGAGCGCCUGCGCCAGUCGGGCCCGGCUCGCUUCUGA